GCACACUCGAGGCGCACACGGGGCCAGUCCAAGUGCAGCCUCGCUCAGCGUGGGAGCAGCCGAUUCGUCCCUGCCCGCGACUCUUUCCAUCUCCACGACCUUCCCAAUCGCAGGUGCACGCUAUAGAGCGAGGUGAGAGGGAUGGGCUGGUGUCGGCUGGUGAGCACGGCCGCCCUGCUGGUGCACGUGGCCAGCCCCCAGAGUGGCCUGGCCUACGGCACCAACGUCCAGCGGCUCUCGCGGGCGCACUUCGAGUUCUCCCUCGACCUGUACCGCCACUUGAUCGACGCGCCCGGCGGCCGCGAGAAUGUCCUCUUUUCGCCCUACUCCAUUUACAACGUGCUGUCCAUGCUGUUCCUCGGCGCCGGGGCCAGCUCGGACACCUCGAGGCAGCUCAGGGAGGCUUUGCACUACACCAACCUCAGCUAUGCCGAGGUCCACAACGCGUUCAAACUGGUGCUCGAGAAUUUCCAGGACUCUUAUUACAACGACACGGUGCUGCUGGCGAACGGCGUGUUCCGGCAAACGGGCGUCGGCGUGUCCUCGUACUAUGAACGCGCCCUUGAGGAAUUCUACAAAACGCGAAUGGACCAGCUGGACUUUGCCGGAGACGAAGAGGGCUCGCGCAACUACAUCAACGACUGGGUUUCGCAGCACACCGGACAGCGGAUCCAGCAACUGCUGACCAAGACGCUGGCCGCCGACACGCAGCUCGUGCUGGUCAACGCGCUGGCAAUGAGGGCGCGAUGGCUUUUCAGCUUCGACGAGGCGCACACUUUUGCCAAGGGGCUUUUCUACAUCAACUCUCAAAGAAGAUUUGAAAUUCCCAUGAUGAUCGGCAAGUUCAAGUUGCCGCUGGGCUACAGUCAAGACCUGGAGUGCCGAGUCCUGGAAAUCCCCUUCAAGGAGCGUCGCAUCAGUUUGUUCAUUUUGCUUCCGGACGACCUGGACCGAGGUCUGGCCAGACUCGAGGAACACAUGUCCUCCGACACCAUCAAGGCGCUUUUCUCCACCCUCAAGGACGAGAUGGUGAACAUCCGGCUUCCUCGUUUCCGGGUGUCCCAGAGCGCCAACUUAGUGGAGGCGUUGGUGCGAAUGGGCGUCACAGACAUCUUCUCUGCGACGAAAGCUGACUUUUCCGGCAUGUCUGACGAGCGCAGCGUUCACAUCAGCGACAUUGCACACAAGACAAUUCUGGAAAUUCGUGAGAGCGGCGCAGAUGCAGCAGCCGCAACGGCAACCGGUCUCGAACGGAUAGGCUCAUUUGGUGACAAGUACUUUGAGGUUGACCACCCUUUCCUCUUCUUCAUCUGGGACUAUCGCAGCGGAAUCGUGCUUUUCAUGGGCAGAGUUGCCGACCCGACGCCCAUCACCGAGUGAAAAUUCACCUGAAAUUUUGGUGUUUCAAAUUGCAGCUUUUGAAUUGGUGACACACAUAAUCAGAUUUUUUAACGUUUAGAACUAUGGGCGUCCAAGGUUCACGCUUGACAACUCAUUCGGCUGAAAAGAAAAGUUUUUGUUUCAAUUUUUUUUUAUUUAAAUUAUAUUUCUUCAUAAUUAAUGUGCCAAUGUAAAUAGAAUGUUGCCAACUUUGAGGGAGGAAAAUUUGUUUCGUUUUUAACUUAAUUUACCCAGAUUAUUUUGUUUCGUUUGAUGGUGUAUUCGCUGCAAAGUUUGUUUAUUGAAAUUUUCUUAAAUUAUAGAUCUCAUAGUGUUUAUACUGUGUGCAUGCAAUGGUCACAAUUUCUGCCGAUUUUCCAUUAAUUGAAAGAAAAAGGUAUACACACUAACAAAACUUAAUUGCACAUCAACAUAAUUAUAUAAUUAGCCUAUAAUUAUAAUUGAUUACAAAAGCAAGAUAGAUUUGCAGGUACGUAGCGACAAAGUGAGUUGAAAAAUUUGUAAAGUAUAUGAUAAUUAAAAUUCAAAAGUAAC